UUACAAGAGAGAUAGAAAAAAGAAAGAAAGAGAAGCACAUGCGGUUUCUUCUCCUUUCUUCUGCAUGGACGUUUAGAUGUCUCGGUCUGUCAUGAGGCUUGAUCUACUUAAUGAAUUCUAGCUUCAGUGAGUUUUGCUAUCAUGUAUUUACAAUCUGACAGACAUUUUUUCUCUUCCAUUAGAUAAUCUUCGGUCCAGAGAAAACCAGAACACAUCCUUUUCUCCUGACCGUUGUUAUAUUUGGAAAUAAAAAAUUCAAUCUCUUUUUCAUUCCUUUCCAUUCAAAAUUUGAGAUCUAACCGAUAAAACAGCCAAAAACGUCAAAGGAGUUUUCUGUCGAAAAAAAAAUAAAAUCUUGAGUAUUAUUUGGAAUUGUGUCGGUCAAAAAGAAGAAAAUGGUCGAGGAUGUCAAGAAUGUUCAGGGAGAUGUACUUCCUCGAAGCAGCUCCGAGUUAUUAGACGAUGAUGGCCGUCCAAAGCGAACCGGGACGGUGUGGACUACAAGUGCACAUAUCAUAACAGCAGUAAUUGGGUCAGGAGUAUUGUCUCUGGCAUGGGCUAUUGCUCAGCUUGGUUGGGUGGCUGGUCCAGUGGCAAUGCUACUCUUUUCUUUUGUCAGUUAUUACACUUCUACUCUCCUCGCUUCUUGUUACCGCUCUGGGGACCCUGUCACCGGCAAGAGAAACUACACUUACAUGGACGCUAUCCACUCCAACCUCGGUGGCAUUAAGGUGAAACUAUGUGGAAUUGUGCAGUAUGUUAAUCUCUUUGGUACUGCAAUUGGUUACACUAUUGCAUCAGCUAUAAGCCUCAUAGCAAUCCAGAGGACAACUUGCCACCAUAACAAUCGGGGGAAAGCACCAUGUCCUGUCAAUGGCAAUGCUUACAUUAUUGGGUUCGGUGUAUUACAAAUCUUAUUAUCGCAGAUUCCUGAUUUUGAUCAGUUAUGGUGGCUGUCCCUCGUUGCUGCAGUCAUGUCUUUUGGUUACUCCACCAUUGGGCUUGGCCUUGGAAUCUCCAAAUUGGUUGAGAACAAAGAGAUUAAAGGCACUCUCACUGGAGUCACCAUUGGGACAGUGACACCCACCGGGAAAAUGUGGAGGACCUUUCAGGCUCUUGGAAAUAUUGCGUUUGCCUACGCUUACUCCAUGAUUUUCGUCGAGAUUCAGGACACGUUAAAAUCACCGCCUUCUGAAGAAAUCACGAUGAAGAAAGCAGCUCUCGUAAGUGUGGCAGUAACGACCUUCUUCUACACGCUCUGUGGCUGCGUGGGGUAUGCAGCAUUCGGAGAGUCUGCACCCGAAAACCUCCUCGCUGCUGGAGGCUUCACAAACCCGUAUUGGUUGCUUAACAUAGCCAAUCUCGCCAUAUUGAUCCAUCUAGUCGGAGCUUACCAAGUCUAUGCCCAACCAAUCUUUGCCUUUGUCGAGAAAAAAGCUUCCAAGAUGUAUCCAGAGAGUACGUUCGUCACAAAAGAGAUAGAGAUUCCACUCUUUUCUGGAUCCAAGCCCUUCUGUUUAAAUUUCUUUAGGCUCGUGUGGAGGACGGUCUUUGUGAUUACAAUAACGUUGAUCUCAAUGCUAAUGCCUUUCUUUAACGAUGUUGUUGGUCUCUUGGGGGCCAUCGGCUUUUGGCCUCUAACGGUUUAUUUCCCUGUGGAAAUGUACAUUGCACAGAAGAAUGUGCCGAGUUGGAGCACAAGAUGGCUUUGUCUUCAAGUCUUGAGUUUGGUUUGUCUUAUUGUCUCUUUAGCCGCGGCAGCAGGAUCUGUAGUUGGCAUUGUUAGUAAAAUCAAGACUUACAAACCUUUCCAGUCCGAUUUCUGAGAGGCUACCAAAAAAAAAAAAGUAAAAAUCCUACGAUAGGGAUGAAACUAGAAUGCAGAUGUUGUAAUCUUUAAAUAAUGUUUACAAGAAAUCUUAUAAUUUUUGUAAUAUUAUUCGAGAAGUUAGUUUCCAACGUGUUGUGUUCAUGUUAAUUCUAACACUGGUUAAUGACAAAAAUAUC